GUGAGCCGGGUUGCCAUGCCUCCGGGGCAGCCUGUUGGUCUCCAUAGAGAUGGUCCAGGGCCAAAAGUUCCGACAAGGGGGGAUGGGACAAGAGACUUCCUUCCUAAGACUCAUCAACAGUCAAUUCUGGCUACCUCUGCUGUGAAAUCUAACCAAGAUGCCCGAGUCCGGGUCUCUUCGGCCUCGUCCGAAAAAGCCACAGCUGCUGGACUGUUGGGACUCCUGUCCGGAGUGCCUGUGGCCCAUCAAGGUACAUUUGGAAGUGGAGAUGCCGUGCUGAUCCAGGGCCGACCCAGGGCUCGGAGUGCGGGGAACAUCAGAAAGAAGGAUGCAGCCAUGGGCAAGGGCAAGAAGGGCAACGAGCCUUCUGAGGCUGAAGACCUCAUCCCACCACGUCCUCGGAAGCCCUCCUUCCCGUUCCAGUGGGCCUGGGAGAGCUUCUUGGUGGAUGGCCGAAGUCUGGCCACAGCCUCCCCCAACUCUUCCCACCACACCUCGCAGCCCAAGAAGGCCCAGACUGCAGGCCUGCCCCCUGCCAGAGUCCCUCGGAAGUCCCGCUGGAAGGCUGUGCCCCCAGCUGCCCAGCCAGUCAACUUCCCAUUAUACUGGAAAAUGGAGGCCCGAUGUCGGGACAUAAGAAAGCAGCUGAAAACCUGGAUAGACCCCGAGGUCUGCUUCCAAGAGAUGCAAGAAAUGCAAGACAGUCAAGAUGGCCAGGAACAAGGACAGCAAGAAGACCAAGAUGGCAGGGGGGAGGAGGGGCCUGAGGCCAAGCAGGAAUUCUACCCCUCUUCUGUACUUCCUGAGAAAAGGUGGAAGUCCAAGAAGCUGGGCACAAGGACCAAGACCAGAGAGGAAGCAGAGGGUGAGGGGCAGCAGCCACCGGGAAAGUCUUUGCCCAUAACCAGGAGGAUGAGGUUUUGGGAAGAAAUUGGAGGGGAAAGAGAGGCAGAGGAUGAAGUGGGCAGGGCCUCAGAGCAGUCAAUCUGUCCCCCACUGAUGACCAGGAGCAGAGAAGAGGAGAUGGGCCAGCUUAGGAAGUGGAAGGCCCUCCAUCUGGCUGGUUUCGCCCUCCUUAGAGGAUUUGGGAGGAAGUCAGCAAAGUUGAAGGACUCAGAGAGGCUCACGGACCUAGAGAAUCUACUGAAGCAGUUACAGGAGGAAGUCAAGGAGCUAGGGUUCUACUCCGUCCAGGGCCCUGUCCAGGAUGUGGUCCAACCCCAAGCAGAGAAGCGCCAGGCGUGGGAGGAUGUCAAGUCUUUCCUGCCCAUGGGGAGCACCACCAAAACCUUCCAAAAGCGCCAAGAGGCCACCAGGGCCUUGAUGUUGGACUGGGAGCGGCAGCAGCGGGAGGAACGAGCCAGGGCAGAGCAGCGCCAAGCUCAGGCACACCGGAUUCGGAAGAAGUUGGCUCGGUGCCUGGCAGCCUAUGGGCCUUCCAGGUCCAAGGAGUCUGGGGCAUCCAAUCGCAAGCUUGAUGAGCUCAGGCAGCAGGAGAAGCAGCGUUUGGCAGAGUACAAGGCUGAGCUUCAGGGUAUCCACCAGCGAGUGCAGAACCGCCCCUUCCUCUUUCAGCAGGCCAUGCAAAACAAUGCCCGGCUUUCGGUGAACAGGCGCUUCUCUCAGGUGCUGUCGGCCCUGGGUUUGGAUGAGGACCAGUUAUUGGCUGAAGCAUUGAAGGACGAUAUUGAGGAAGUCCCCCCAAAACGCAGGUCCUCAAAGUCCAGGAAGCUGGCCAGGAUCCGAAUGGAGCAGCCUUUGUAGGAAGAAGGGAGAACAGAGCUGGAAGCUUCUAGAAAUCAGCGUGCAGAGUACAGGGAGGGGCAUUAUCCGGGGUCCCAGGGUUGAUCGGGAAGGAGGGAGAGAGAGAAAAUGAAGUUCUUCUAUCUAAA